AUGUCUCGACAGGAUCAUUUUAUACGACAACCUGACUAUCACGAAAAGUAUACCUUUGUGGCCACUCACUCUUCGCGGGAUUCUUCGGUUCUUGAAGCCUGUUCCAGUACACCCACGUCUUCUAUAUUCUCUCGUUCCUUGAUACCCUGCACCGCUACGGUCUCUAGCGUUUCUGGCGGAAAAGCCAAUUCAAUUUCAGCCACAACCAGUAUGAGUACAGAUCCAUCUGCUAGUUUCGCUGGACUUCGUCUGAUCAAUGAAUCAACUUCAUCUGCACUUUCUAGCCCUCUUGCUCAUCAGCACCAAUUCACCGCACCUUUUCAGACUACUUCUAACAUGCUUCCUACUCAUUUGCUCCUUCAACACCAGCAGCACCAACAUCAGGUCUUCAACUUCUCUUCUGCACCGAAUCAAGCUAUAGGCUCUGGUUCCAGUCCAGGGCAUCUGCAAUCCCAACCCCAAUCGCCUGUUGGUCUAACAGCUUUCUUGGGUCUCGGAGCUGAUGGGCAAACUCAGGGGCCUGUUACCUUCUUGUUCGAUGGGUUGGCAAACGAAGAUCAUACGAGUGUUGCUGUUUCAAGUCAUCCCGUUGCUACUACUGUUGUAGGUAAUAAUAUCGAUAAUGCUUCGUUCAAUGGAAACAGCAGUAACUCUGCAGGGAUCGACAAUAGGACUGCUGCUAUAAACGGCCCUGUUUCAAUGGCGAUGGCUAUGUUUAUGGCCUCACAGCAGAUAGCUGGCACCUCAAAUCAAACGACGGGCGUCAAUUGUGUCUCCGGAAACACCAAUAGUCUAAAUCCCGGUCCACAGGCCGCUCCACUAAACCUUAUGAUGCAGCAAUUUGCAGUAGCUGCUGCGGCCGCAUCAUGUAUUCCAUCCGACACCGGCCUUGAUGCUGGGGACAAGGGUACAAUCGAAGCGAUAUCAGUGACUCCAGAAAGACAAAUCUUCCUUCCUGGUGGUCAUCUUCCAUCGGCUACUGGUGCUGGUGAACUU